UACUUGCGAAAAUUGAACGUGGCGCGUAUAUUCAUUACCACGCGAGAAUGGCAAUGACAGUGCUCCAGUUAUCUUACGUUUUACCCUUCGUGAUUUGCUCAGAAAUUCUGAACGACGCACACAUUUAUCGCUCUUUCGCGGCUAAUGAAAUUGUACCCGACAUCGUUGAUGAAGCACCCGACUGUUGGUUACGUGUAGCGUACAAAAGUGGUCGUGAGGCGGAAGGUGGAAAUAGGUUGACUCCCACCCAAACGAGAAGCAUUCCGUCGUUAUCCUUCAACGCGAACAAUCGCUCACUUUUCACGCUGAUUAUGACGGAUCCGGAUGCACCAAGUCGGGACGAUCCCCGCCAUCGUGAGUUCGUCCAUUGGAUUGUCGGUAACAUCCAGGGAAAUGACAUCGAUCGGGCGGAUACCAUUGUGGAUUACGUUGGGGCUGCCCCACCAAAGGGGACCGGGCUUCAUCGGUAUGUGUUCCUGCUUUACGAGCACCAAGACAGACUGAAUUUUUCCACGGAAGUGAGACUCACCAACCGUUGUCGGAAUCCGAGGAGGUUCUUUUCAACCCGCAACUUCGCACGUGCAUAUGGGCUCACAAACCUGUGGGCGGGGAAUUUCUACCAAGCGCUGUACGAUGAUUUUGUUGCCGUGCUGCAAGGGCAACUAUCUGAAUGUACUGAGUUUGCAAACCGAGCUGAAUGGACCCAGGAACGGAACCGCGUUCGGCGGUUUCUGAAGAACAAUACGACUAGUGAAUGACUUCUAAUUAUAUAUAGCCGCGCGAGACAGCUGGUGGAUGAUAAUUCAGACGACCGGAGUUCGAACCCACAUCGGAGCAGUUUUCACCAAACAUCAAUCUGUGCCAUUUUAAACAUUCAUAUUCCACUCCCAACACAAGUAAAUUAAAAAAUUUCUACAAAUAUAAAUACUCAUAUAUAAAAAUGGCGGU